UCCCGCGAGAGAGAGACGUUUCCGGCUGCAAUGGCCGAAUUCCACAUCAAGAACAAGCGCACGGCGCUCGAGCGCAUCGAGAAGGCGCUGUCGCCUCUCUACUUCACCGACGUGAACCUGCGGGGCAGGCUGUAUGAAGAUGCCCGGCCGGUAUCUGGAUUGGCGGUGCAUCAUGCUGGAGGACGCAUUUCCUUCCAGGACGCCCAGUCUGCUACGUACGAGAAGACGCAGGUCGGGGAUUCCUAUGGACCCACCUGGUCCACACACUGGUUCCAAGUACACGUGGAGGUCCCGGAGGAGUGGACGUGCAAAUCUGGUGACGACGAUGACGACGCCGCCGCCGAGUGUGACGAGGUUCACCUGCUGUGGGAGUGCGAGGGCGAGUGCCUCCUGUUUCGAGACGGGCAGCCCGUGGCAGGCCUCACGACAGAGGGCGAGAAGACCAGCUACGUCGUUGGGCGGGCGAGACGCAGGACCCCCCCGUCACCGUCGUCGUCAGCGGCAGGAUUCUCCGGCACGGCCGAGGAUGCGAGCGGCAGAAGGAAGGACGCGGGAAACGAGUCGGCGACCGGGAAAACCUCCGCGCCAAUCGACCUCACGACGUCCACGAAAAAAUCCCUGCCACCGGCGCGCUCCUUCACAGCCUACGUGGAGAUGGCGUGCAACGGCCUGUUCGGCGCCGGCAAGGGCUCCAUGAUCGCACCGCCGGACCCUGAGCGGAAGUUUGCGCUGAAGCGCGCGGCAGUGGCGCUGUUCCGGCGCGACGUGUACGAGCUGCUGACGGAUCUGGAGGUGAUCUACGAGGUGGCUUGCGGCCUGGCAGGAGAGGCGGAUGGACGUGGCGGCGAGCAGCUUGGCUACCGUGCCCUCUACUGCGGCAACGCCGUUGUGAGCGCCUGCGCGGAUGCUCCACGGCCCGGCCCGGCAGGGGCCGCGCCGGCCGGCGACGACGGUGGCGACACGCGGGAGUGGGUGCGGCACGCCCGAGCUAUCUCGGGGGCAUUUUUCUCCGAGCCGUGGCCCGGGUGCGGCCACGGGAAGGAGAGAGGGGCGGCUCCGGGAACGGUGGUGCACGCCAUGGGACACUGUCACAUCGACACGGCAUGGCUCUGGCCCUACGAGGAGACGGUGCGCAAGUGCGCGCGCAGCUGGGCCACCACCCUGCAGCUCAUGGAUCGUGACCCCGAGUUUACGUUCGUGUGCUCGCAGGCCCAGCAGCUGAGCUGGCUGAAGCGGCGCUACCCGCGCUCGCUGUAUCCGCGUGUGCGCGCCGCGGUGGCGCGCGGGGCCUUCGUGCCCGUGGGCGGCACGUGGGUGGAGUUUGACGGGAACCUCCCGUCGGGCGAGUCCCUCGUGCGCCAGUUCCUGCUGGGACAGCGCUUCUUCCUGCACGAGUUUGGUGCCCGCUGCGACGAGUUCUGGUUGCCCGACACCUUCGGAUACUCCGCACAGCUGCCGCAGAUCAUGACGUCGUGCGGCGCGAGGCGGUUCGUGACCCAGAAGCUGAGCUGGAACCUGGUGAACGCGUUCCCCCACUCGACGUUCCACUGGGAGGGGCUGGACGGGACGCGCGUGCUCACACACUUCCCCCCCGCCGAGUCCUACGAGUGCAAGGUGAGCGUCAAAGAAAUUCUCAAAAGCGCUUCAAACAACCGGGACAAGGGUCGCACGCAGCACGCCCUCCUGCUCUACGGCUUUGGCGACGGCGGCGGAGGCCCCACGCUGGCCAUGCUGGACCGGCUGCGCCGCGUACGCAACGUCGCCGGCUUGCCCCGCGCGACCUCCUCCACCCCCGCGCGAUUCUUCAACGCGGUGGAGGCGGAGGUGAACCAGGGCGAGCGGGGCGGCGGCGGCAGCGGCGGUGUAGGUCGUCUGUGCACUUGGAGUGGAGAGCUCUUUCUGGAGAUGCACAACGGCACGUACACGACGCAGGCACGCGUCAAGCGCGGAAACCGCCGGUGCGAGGCGCUGCUCAGGGACGCGGAGGCGCUGUGCUGCCUGGCGCUGCUGGCUCAGAGCCCCGUGUACGCGGCUGAGCGCGCAGGAGACGGCUGCGGCGAAACGCGAGAUGAAAGUAAAAGCGGAACCGCCUCCGAGGGCGGCAACGCCAUGCCAGGAACCAACGCUUCCAGUGGUGGUACGGAGGGCAAGGCGAAUGACGACGACGAUGGUGAUGAUGGUGAUGAUGAGGGCGACGACGCGAUGGUGUUGGGAUAUCCCCGUCAGCAGCUGACGCGCCUGUGGGAGGGCGUCCUGCUGAACCAAUUCCACGAUGUGCUGCCUGGCAGCUGCACGCGCCAAGUAGCGCGUGAUGCCGAGGAAAUCUACGGCGGCGUGGAGAUCGACGCGGAGCAGAUCGCCCGCGACGCCAUGGCGGCCGUCGUGCAGCGCGAGCCGGGCGCCGGAGACUUCCCGCGCGACCCCAUCGCGUUCUUCAACACGCUCGGCUGGGAAAGAACGGAGGUGGCAGCGUUGCCGGGCCGCGGCGUGAACGGCUACCUCGGAAGAGACCGAUUCGUCCCAAAUUCUAAAAUUGUUUACGGUCGGUAUGUGAAGGGCGACGAGAGACGCAGCGACAACGCCGAUGGCACAGACGGCCAAGAAGACGCUUCCGCUGGUCUGGUUCUCGUCACCGUUCCGGCCUUCGGCUAUUCCAUCUACAGCGAAGCCUCACUGCUGGCCGGCGCGGCCAAGUCUCUCGCUGUAAUACUGCACCACGAGUCUGACAGCCGCGCGGUCCUGGAGAAUGAUCUGCUCCGUGUGUCGGUGGAUGGCGCGGGGCGGUUGACUUCGCUCAUCCACAAGCCGUCGGGCAGGGAGGCGGUGACUCCGGGCCAAAAGGCGAACCAGCUGGUGAUGUUCGACGACGUGCCGCUGUACUGGGAUGCGUGGGACGUCAUGGACUACCAUCUGGAGACGCGGAAGCCUCAGGAGCGAACCUCCGAGCCGCUCCGGGUUCUCACCGACGCUGCGGGAAUCCGCGUGGCCGUGCGCGCGUGCCUGCACCUGGGAGAGCGUAGCCGGGCGACCGUGGACAUCUCGCUGGACGCAGGAAGCCCAUUCGUUCGGUUCGACGUCACCGCCACUUGGCACGAAAACCGCCGUUUCCUGAAAACGGAAUUUCCCGUGGCGGUGCGCAGCGGCGGCGGCGAGGCCACGUACGAGAUCCAGUUCGGGCACGUUCGCAGGCCGACGCACCGCAACACGUCGUGGGACUGGCCGCGCUACGAGGUGUGGGCCCACCGCUGGGCUCACCUCGGCGAGCACGGCUUCGGCCUCGCUCUGCUCAACGACUGCAAGUACGGCCACUCGGCACGCGGCAACGUCCUGUCCCUCUCGCUACUGAGGUCGCCAAAGGCGCCGGACCCAGAGGCUGACAUGGGGGAGCACACGUUCGCGUACGCGGCCAUGCCGCACGAAGGCAGCUUCCAGGACGCUGGCGUUAUCCGCUGCGCGAGCGCCUUCAACCAUCCGUUGAGAGCGCAGCGCGCGUCCUCCAGCAGCGUGGCGGGUGGCGCCCAGAAUUCCUCCAUGGCUUCCUCCGUUGCUCCGGAAAGCCCGAGUAAGCAAGAUGCGGCAUUGACCGUUGACGCUGCGCCUGCCGAGGUAUUCAACGAGGAAGCGUCCCGGAGUCUUCCUGCUGCGCCUAGCGGCGGCCCGCGUGUCAAACGGAUUUCCCAGCGGGGCUUCUUCACCGUGGAGCCGUCCUCCGUGGUCGUGGAGACGCUGAAGCUCGCCGAAGGUUGGCCUGGCCACGCAGGUACCGGGGUGGUGCUGGUGGUACGUCUCUACGAGUCCCACGGCGGGGCGGCCGUGGCGAGGUUGCGGUGCCGUUGCUCGCCGGACCUGCCGCUCAUUUCAGCUGUGCCGUGCAACAUGCUCGAAGACGCCGACGACAGCGAGCCACCACUUGUCGUCAAGGAUGAAGGUGAUGAUGAAGAGAAUGUGCCUGAGCAAGUGAAGGAAGGCGAUGACGGUCCCAAUCAAAAACAGGCAAAGAGACCUCAGUCCGGCCCGGCCUGGCGCUGUGUCUUCGUGCCUUUUAAAGCGUUCCAAAUUCGCACGCUCUCUCUGCAUUUUGGCCAGCCCACACUUGUGCUGUAGAUGAAAGUCUUUUCAAAUUUCAUUGACAAGAUAAUGACGUUACUCUUGAGGUGCUGAGAAUAUCUUCGUGUUAAAUAACUCCACCUCCUCCAGGCACUUGUUGUUUUGCACCACAGACAGACUUUGAUGUCUUUCUGCUUUAUCUUGCACCGAUGUUUGCAUCGCAUGCAUCGGUUUUAACGGUUCAAGUAGAAAACAAAAGUCCCAUAGAGAGAACACUGAUAGACGCACGAGGUGGCAUCUUUUUAGUGCUGCAGAGAAGAGAAUGUGACCAGAGACCAAAUCAUUGAAGCAGAAUGACACCGAAGUCAAAUGAAUAAACGUAGUGAUUUGUCAAAUCCAUUGUUAGAGGAAGAUCCAUGUCGGUCACGAGGGCUGGUGUAAACUUCACCGCGCUGGGCGGAACAGAAUUGGUUUACACGUCACCACUGAUGUUAGCCGUGGCUCGGAUUCAAACUCUGGUCCCCUCGUUCAUAACGCAGUGCGCAAACCACUGUACCGCCACUCCCACCCCUUGAUGAUGCUUAGUUUAUUACACGUUUGUUCAUAAUCGAUUGUGAGAAUCGCGAUGUUGAAAGAGGAAAUUGUGGUGCGAGAUAUCUAUUCAGCGGCAGUAUUUCCGUUGGUCCAAAUGUUUUGUUUGAUUAAAGUCGCCGAUUGUUUUGCCGAAAUGAUGCCGAUUCCAAAUGAAAUUCGCCAAAACUGUGGAUAUUGGCAAUCGUUAUAGAAACUGAUCUUUAUUGCAGGAGGGACCUGGAUUUCUAGGUGAUUUCUUAAGUCUUAUAAAAGGCUUGGUUGCUAACACUAAUUGUCCGUUUAUGUGAAUAAAGUUUAUUGCUUGAAAA